AUGGGUGGCGAUACAACUGCAACCAAAUCAAUUAGCGGCCGUGGGAAUCCCAGAUCGAAGGCUGUAUCAAGAUCUUCUAAGGUCGGUCUCCAAUUCCCUGUCGACCGUGUCGCCCGUUUCCUAAAAAAAAGGAAUGCUGCAAGAGAUAACAAGAAGAAUCAGAUUAUUCCAAGGCACAUCCAGUUGGCAGUGAAGAAUGACGAGGAGUUGAGCAAGAUGUUGGGUUCGGUGACAAUUGCAAAUGGUGGUGUUCUGCCCAAUAUUCAUCAAACACUUAUGCCGAAGAAGACUGGUGGGAAGGGUGAAAUUGGGUCUGCUUUACAAGAAGUUUAG